CUCUCCUCCUCUCACCCCCAAACUUGCCAUCAUCGUCGUCUUCAUCUUCACCGCCCUCUAGCGCCACCGACCGCUGGGCGACAACAUCUCGAGCGCGAAGGACGUGGUGUAGCCUAAUGAUGCCAUAUUUUGGCCGGCGCGAUUGCACUGCAAUUUCAUCUCGAUCGCGACCUUUGCUCACUUGCGAUAUCUCAAUCGACAAUCGCGCGAAUCCGCUUGAGAGAAUGCCGAACCCCCGGACUUAGCAAAUAUGGAUCACGACACGGAGUAUAACAGCGCCCCUCCACAGGGCGACGACGAGGCUGGCGGUCUCGUUCAACCGUCCAUUCAAGAAGAAAAUCCGGUCGACGCGGAUCAAUCGCAAGAGCCUGCCGUUCCCGAAAGAAAUCUAGACAGCUCUUUUGACGCGAAUGCUUCCGAGCCUCAGGCAGCAAAGGCAGAAGAGGAUUUUGACCAAUUUCCGCCUCAGGAGAAUGGUGAAGCGCAGAACUUAGCUAUGGACGCAUUACCGGAUAAUACUGCUCUGGCUGACGCGACUCCUGAUCGUUCGUCAUCGCUGGACGCGACUCCCGGCGAUGCGACCGGCCUGUUAAACGGGCAAAUUGAUACAUUAGACGACACACCAAUGGUGGGAGCGAAUGGACCUGUUGGCGGCAAUGCGACCGCCAAAAGACCUUCUGAACAGUUUGGUACUCCUGUAGAUGCCGCAGCUCAAGCGGCGCCGCUCUACGAUGGCUCGAUUGGCGACCCUAUGGCGCUUGAUCCUGCUCCAGACAUGUCGAUGCUGCCGCCCGACGCGACAAAUUUUGACGACCCCUUUUUAGAACCAGCAGCUCCCGUUUCAGAGCCCGAAGCUCCCCGCAUUCAGGCUUUUGCUAAACUCGAAUUUGACGAUGGCCAGUUUUACAUGAAUACUUAUUCCGUUGAGCUUGGUCGAGAUAUUCGCGCUGCGAGAUUGGCCGUGCAAAAAGACAAGGAUCAGGAGACUAGUCAACCACCCGCAGUCAAUGGCAAGCGACGCAGUUCCAGUGGUGCUGAUGGUCCCCAUACCCCGACCAAACUCAUCAAAUGGGAAGAACCAGGGAAAAUGGGAGCCCCAAGCGUUAUCAGUGAAACGGGCGGCAUUAUGGGUGUAGACGCGCAAGACACAGAGAAGCGCAGGAAAAAGAAGAGCAAAAAGGCCAAGUCUACAAGCUCUUCUUCGCAACAUCUCUCGCGCAAAGACUCUUCAUCCCACCCCAACAUGCAUACCGACUAUCAAUCUCUCGCCAUGGCUUCGCUAGCAGAUAAUACCGGUGGACCGCAUCCGGUGGACCCUAUGUCACUUUUGCCAUCCCCAGAUGAAUGCCCGCUUAUCCCAAUCCACCCUCCGACUGGUGCUGCAGGAGGUGCUGCAGGGCACAAGGGCAUUUCGCGAAAGCACGUCAAGAUCGCGUACAAUUUCGACAAGCAUCUCUUUGAGGUCGAAAUCAAAGGCAAGAAUGGAGCUUUUGUUGACGAGCAAUGGUAUGGCACGGGUGAAAUCAAACCGCUAAAGAGCGGUAGUUAUAUUCAGAUUGGUGGUGUGGGUGUGCGAUUCGUGCUUCCCGAAGUUCCUCUAGGAGAAACCGGCGCAGAAGAUCCCAAGGAUGCUGCCGCGCCUCCUUCUGGUAAUAAGAUGAGCUUCGAGUUCGAAAAUGGACGCGGCGAAAGCGUCGCACUCGAGGAAAGCAGCGCCGAGGGAGAAGAAAUAGGAGAAGAAGAUGAAUCAGAUAAAGAAGGUGCAGGUUCAGACGAAGGAGAAGAAGACGACGGAGAAGACAAAUCGCAGGCAGCUGAUGAAGAAAUCCCGUUGGAUUCGUUACCUCCAGAGGUGAAAAAGGAACUUAUGGAAUUGCCAUUUGAAUUCAGACCUGUCAAGAGGAAGGGCCCUGGACGACCGCCCAAGAAUGGCAUCAUUUCAAAGAGAGAAUUAAAACUUCGAGAAAAAGAAGCCAAACUAGCCGCACUCAGGGCUGCUCAAGAACAAGGUCUUGAGUCGCCUACGAAGGGCAAGAUCGGCACUACACCUCGCAAGGAUUCCAACGUCGAACUGUCACCGAAUUCAAAACCGCAGAAACGUAAGUACACGAAACGAAAGGGCUUGGACCAACCAGGAACUGUUGGCGAGGCUAUCGAAAUUCAGCCAACACUCGAAGGAUCCAUUCCCAUCGCACCGGAAUUAGAACUACUGGAUGCUCAGCCACUGAAAGAGAAGAAGCCUCCGAAGCCUCCCAAACCCGUGCGCUCGCCGUCGCCUGUCUUUGACGAGUCGCAACUCACGCCAGAGCAGCUGGCUAAGCCGCAGGCAUCCUAUGUCGUUCUCAUUCAUGAGGCACUCUCAAACUCCAAAUCCGGACCAAUGUCUCUUCCGCAAAUCUAUAGGGCCAUUGAACGAAAAUAUCCGUUCUACAAGCUCCGAGUUCAAACAAAUGGUUGGCAGAGCAGUGUUCGACAUAAUUUAUCCCAACAUCAUGCGUUUCAGAAGGUGGAGCGAGAUGGCAAGGGAUGGCUAUGGGGUAUCGUACCGGGCGUCUCUAUUGAAAAGGAAAAGAAGAGGAAGCUCUCCCCUCCGCCGCCGCCUCCCCAUCACUAUCUCCAACAACAGCCCAUGAUGCGUCCUCCCGGUUAUCCUUUGGGGUAUCAAAAUCCAAGUGCUGCUCCAGGAAUGAUGAAUCACCUGCAACCCGGAAUCGCUCCUGGAAUCGCGCCUGGUGGUCAGCCUCCUGGUCCUGCUGCUGCUGCUCCUCAGCCAUCACAGCAUCCUACAUACCCUGCUGUACAGAAUCCCCUCCAACCAUCGAAUCCGCAAUUCCCUCCCGCGAGACCCCCAGGUACUUAUACCUCUCCAUAUGCUCAGCGGCCAUCCCAGCCACAGCAACAGGCUGCACCCCCUCCGCCGCCAGCUGCGCAACCUGCACCUCCUCCUCAACCAUCGCCUCACAGUGGCGCCAAUGGUUACUAUGCCAAUACCGGCCGGCCUUCUCAGCCUAACGUAUACGCGCCACAACCCCAAGCUCCAGCUCCAGCAGCGCAACCUCAACCGCCGGUCCAGGCUCGUCCAGCUCCUCCCCCACAGCCGCCUGCGCAGCAAUCCUCUCGGCCUAGGCUCACCGACGAUAUUUUACAAGCCGUUGGAAAAUUCAAGACUGCGCUUGUCAGCCAGAUGAAUGACAAGGUCCGCGGCGAGUUGAUCGUAACAUCUGCCAUAAACCGAACGCUCGGUAUUCAGGACAAGUCUAGUGUGCCAGGCAAAGAGGACCCGCAGGAGGCAGCAAUUAUGAAGGCGCUGGCUGGUAUGCUUGAAGCAAUGGGUCGCAAAGCCGAGGCUGCUCGUCACCAGCCUCCGCCGGCGCAACCACAACAGCAGUACCACCAACCUCAUCACGCGCAGCCUCAGCCCCAAAUUCAGCCGCAAACCUCUCAACUUCAACAAGCUCCUCCAGGGCCAGCUGCUCAACACCGGGCAUCUGUGCCUCCACCACCGCAACCGCAACAAUCGCAGCAACCAACGCUACAAUCAUCGCAGCAGCAGCAACUUAACCCUCUGAGUCCCAAAGCGCCUCAUGUCUCUGGCCAGCAGCAGCAGACGCCACAAGCGCAGUUAUAUCAAAUCCUCCAGCAGCUAGGGCGACGUGCGUCAUCCUCGUCAAAUCCUCCGCCGACGCAGCAACCUCAACAGAGCCCUCCAGCACCGAAUGCCCUCCUGGCUAAUGGCGCAAGCAGUCCUUUGCUGCCUGCUCCGAGCGCGGUAUCAGCGGUUAGCCCUAGCCCUGGAUUUGCUACUGCUCAACUUUCGACAGCAUCAGUGUCACCAGCCAAUGCUCCAUCUUCUGCGCCGGUACCUCAACCGUCAGCUGCAGCAACGCAAACUCCUGCUGUUUCGGAAGCACACGGCUCUCCUCCAGCCCCUCCGCAGGUCGCGCCACAAUCGCAACCGCUUGCUCCAGCACCUGUGCAAACACCCGUUCAAGCGCCAACGCCUUCACCCGCGCCAACUCCUGCUCAAGCUCAGCCUCCGCAACAAGCUCCUGCCCAGCCCGCACUGCCGAAGCUUUCACCCUCGCCCACAUCUCUGGCAGGUACAAAGCGGCCUUUGGAGCCUAUCGUUCCGGACCAAUCAUACCUCGGAUCGACCGAUGGUGAUGCUGCUUCUGGAUUAGGUACGCAGUCUACGCACCAGGACGGUCCUGAACCAAAGAAGGUCGCUACAGGUGGUGAUAUCAAUGCUUGACAGUGCUAGGCAUUUGGAAAUAAUGCUCGUUGGUUGCUUAUUACUAGCUCAGUGCCUACGCCCUUGCUUGCUUAAGCGCCUCGAGGCUGCAUGGUGCACGUGCUCAGGAUGAUAGGUUCUCAGUGCUAGCGCAGUUGCGCGAAUCUAUAUAGGAGGCCAGUUACCUUUAUGAUUCGGUUUGCAAUUGGAGGGAGGUGAGCGGUUACGAUUCAGAUUGCUCCACUGGCUCAAUGCAUCGUGCUUC